GCAAAACAACGUUUGCUGGGCUACGCUAGCUAUUCUAGAUAAACUAGAUAUAGAUGCAGAACGUCCAAAUGACGAGGAAGUGGCCAGAAUGUUCGGUUACGAAGAAGCGUACCAUGCAGGUACUCUUACUAGAUGGCAAAGGCUCAAGCCAAAAAUAUGGGCGUUGUUCGACGAACCAUAUUCUUCGGCCUCCGCAAAGGUACCACCCGUCAAUGUGCAUCAUCGAAAUAUAGUUGCGGGUGCCUCUGUUUUCUUCAUAUGUGUCUCAGUAUUUUCCUUCUGCUUGAAAACUCACCCUGGAAUGAGAGUCGAAUGCGAUAACAUUAAAGAGGUAAAUUGCACAGAGCCCCAUCCAUAUUUCCAUACGAUAGAGCACGUCUGCAAUGCCUGGUUCACAUUCGAAUUGUCCACGAGAUUAAUUGUUUCCCCUAAUGUAAUCGAAUUUAGCAAAUCACCGGUGAAUAUAAUCGAUUUCGCCGCAACUUUGAGUUUCUACAUCGAUAUGAUUCUAAUUUUUGAGAAGAAAUCUCAAAUAUUGGACUUCUUCAGCAUUAUUAGGAUACUGAGGCUGUUUAAACUUACAAGGCAUUCUCCAGGACUGAAAAUACUUAUUCACACUUUCAAAGCGUCAGCGAAAGAAUUGGCACUUUUAGUGUUUUUUCUUGUAUUGGGAAUUGUCGUGUUUGCAAGUUUAGUGUAUUAUGCUGAAAAACUACAGGAUAAUAAAGAGAACAGCUUCAAAAGUAUACCGGAAGGCCUGUGGUGGGCUAUAGUUACCAUGACAACGGUAGGUUAUGGGGACAUGGCCCCUAAGACCUACGCGGGCAUGUUCGUGGGGGCUCUUUGCGCGCUUGCCGGGGUGCUCACUAUUGCCUUACCUGUUCCAGUUAUAGUAUCGAACUUCUCCAUGUUUUAUUCCCACACACAGGCAAGAGCAAAAUUACCAAAGCGUCGAAGAAGGGUAUUACCUGUAGAGCAGCCCAGAAGAAAGAAAACCGACAAUGUUGGAAAUAGAAGAGUAAAUGCCAUUAAACAUCACCAUCCAGCUAUCAUUAAAGAUGCAUUUGGACCUACCAAGAUUGGUAAUGCUAAUGGAGUACCAGUAAUAAAUUUAUCUUUGCAAGGACCUUCAGUACCUAAUCUAGCAGUAUUAUCUCACAAUGGACCAUAUAGUAUACAAUCCCCCGAAGAUGCAAUACCAGCUUUACCAGCUACCUCUUCUAGUUUAGUAAUAUGGCCUUCUACUACAGGGAGCAUAGAAACUUUGCCACUCCAACCAAAAUAUCUACCUGGCUUUCACAGAGAAUCUAGCUCAGAACCUAGAGAUGUAACUUGUUUAAAUACCCCUCAAGAUAAAUCCAACAGCCCUUCAAGAAAACUGUCAUUUUCGAGCAAGAUAUAUCCUUCUGAUAAUAACAAAGAUCAAGAAAUAGUUGCAGCUAGUAGUCCCGCGUUGGCUAUCGGUAGCUCUACAGAAGUACUAGUUAGUAUUGUUGAAAAUCAGACAAGGUUGAAGAAAAAUUCAUUUCUCUCAGUUAAUUCAGGUAGCGAUGCGAUAUCACCUGCAGACGAUUGUCCGUUAUUUAAUUCCCCAAGUACCGAGCUUACCACGUCCUCUGUAGAACUAGCAAAUGAUUCACAAGAACUAGAAGGCGAAAAUAACAAUACGGAUAGUGAUAUGACCAAUUGCAAAAACCUAAAUAAAACCAGUGUUGUUGUGUAGUUUAUUUUUUCAAAUAAAGUCCGUUUUGUGUAA